AUGGCGUCAUCCGAGGAGACGAUUGUAGUGGAGAAGGACACGUUAGCAGCCACGGUGGUUCUGAAUCGGCCCAAGGCUCUCAACUCUCUCGACACGUACAUGGUGAGGCGGAUGAAGCAGCUGUACGGCCAGUGGGAGAAGGAUCCAACGGUCAAGAUGAUCCUUCUCAAGGCCAAUGGGCGCGCCUUCUGUGCGGGCGGCGAUGUGCGGACUGUAUACCAGCAGGGGAAGCAGGGCAAGGUCGACGAGUGCUGCGAGUUUUUCCGAACAGAGUACCAGCUGAACCACCUCAUCGCCACGCUCACCAAGCCGCACGUGGCGCUGAUCAACGGGGUGGUGUUUGGCGGGGGUAACGGCAUCUCCGUGCAUGGGGCAUUCCGUGUGGUCACUGAGAACGCUCUCUUUGCCAUGCCUGAAACCGCCAUUGGCCUGCAUCCCGACGUUGGUGCUUCUUAUUUCCUCUCUCGUCUGCCUGGCCACAUGGGCGAGUACUUAGCUCUGACAGGAGCUCGGGUUCCCGCACCUGACAUGCUUGCCUUGGGCCUUGCCACCCACUUUGUACCUUCGGACCGGCUGCCGAGCCUCGAGAACAGGCUCGGGUGCCUAGGCACGGGAGACCCCGAAGCAAUCCAUCUGGCCAUUCAGGAGCAUGCCGAACGUGUUCUCCCCACUAAAGGGGGGAUUAUAGCGAGGGCUGCUGCGAUCGACGCAUGUUUUAGUAAAAGGACAGUGGAGGGAGUUUUGACCGCCCUUUUGAAUCACGCGUCUGCCACGUCUGCAUCGCACCCAGGAUGGAGUGCUGACGAUGCGGCGUGGGCGAAGGAGACCCACACGCUGCUCGCAAAAAUGUCGCCGACAGCGCUAAAAGUGUCUUUUAGGAGCGUGAGGGACGGGAGAAUGGAGAAUCUGGCACAGUGCCUGCAGAAGGAGUAUCGGCUGAGCGUGCGUGCUUGUAACGAGGCGGUGACGGGGGACUUUUAUGAAGGGGUGCGGGCCGUGCUGGUGGAUAAGGAUGGCAAUCCCAAGUGGAAUCCGGCGCAACUCUCUGAAGUAUCGGCACGCACCGUCUCCGACCUCUUUGCACCGCUGCCUCCAGGGGAAGAGCUGAGCCUGCCUGUGCGUGGCAGGGAGAUGAGUGUAGGUGCACGCUUCGAAAUGGCACAAUCAAGGCGACACGUAUUCCUUCUCCUGUGCUUCAUGCUCAUAGGCGCGAUGCAGGCCGAUGCAAGGUACAUUGUGGUGGGGAAGGGCUACGGGUCGUUGUUCGGGCAGGUGUUCAGCCCGUGGACGUUCGGCGUGAGCAAGUGGAAGGCCCCCAAAGUCUACGCCGGCGACCAGCUCGUUUUCCGGUGGGUGAUGCCUCACAACGUGGUAAUGUUCAGCGACGGCGCGAGCUACUCCGUGUGCGACUUCACCCUCGCGAAGACCCUUAGCUCCACGUCGUUCGUGGGCUUUUACGCGUACACCGUGAAGGACGGCGACAAGGGCCAGACGCUCUACUUCGGAAGCUCCACCUCGUCCGACUGCAAGCGGAACCUCAAAGCACAGAUUCCGGUGCAACUGGUUUAA